UGUCCCAACAUGGCUGACCACGAAACCGAAACUGAUGAUGGUAGUACGUUUAAAGUUAAAAGGAAACGAAAUGAGAAUGCAUGGGCAAAAAAUGUACGUAAACGUUUAAGAAGAGAAGGUAAACCAUAUAUUAAUGAAAGUGGUAAAGGGAUAAAGGCCCGUAAAACAGGAACUUCGUGCAGGUGUAAACGAGGCUGUCUUACAAAAUAUUCUGAUGAAGCAAAAGAGUUGCUGAUAACUAACCUUAACAAUCUAACCUGCAAAGAUGCCCAAGAUUCUUAUUUGUAUGGACUUCUGCGCGAAAAGGUUAUUGACAGAAGACGACCACGAAAAGGAGAGAAGUCCCUGCAGCGUGAAAAACAGUAUAUAUACACUGUUGUACUUGGUGAACAAGAAACUGUUGUAUGCCGUGAAGGAUUUGCCAGCUUGUUUGGAAUAGGUGUUCGGCGAGUGAGGCGGUUAACAGAACUUCAUAGCGCCGGUGUGUCACCAAAAGACAACAGAGGAUGUCACAACAACAGACCAAGGGCGAAAUUGGAAGACAUUAAAGAAAUGAUUGAUGCUCACAUACGUUCCUUUCCAUAUUGUGUUCAGCAUUAUGGGUCACGAGCGAAGCAAAGGUAUUUGCGUUCUGAUUUAGAUGUUAUGCAAAUGUAUGUACUGUUCCUUGAAAAACAUUACCCUGAAACAUACUUGCAAGUAAAAGGUGGGGCAGAUCCUAAGCAUGUAAAGUGUACAGUGAAAUAUGAGUAUUUUCUUCGCUACUAUCAGGAACAUUUUAAUUAUCAAUUUGGCAGACCACGGUCGGAUUUAUGUGCUUUCUGUGAAGAGUAUCGUGUCAAAAUUUGCGCUGAAAAAAAUGGAGUGGUUCGAAAACAAAUGCAACAGACUCUGAAACUUCACAAAGCAAAAGCAAGGAAAUUUAGAACAUCUAUGAAAGAUGCAAGUGGGUAUGUUCAGGGCAAUGAAAAUGCACAGGCAAUCUGUUUUGAUUUUCAGCAGAAUAUUCCCUUCCCCCAUCUUCAGGUUAGCGAUGUUUUCUACAAGAGGCAACUGUGGCUUCACAACUUUGCUGUUACAAAUUGAGAACUGGCAAAAGUGUAAUGUUCACAUGGCCAGAAACGAAAGGUAAAAAAGGUGCAAACGAAGUUAUUUCCUGUCUAAAUAUAUACAUAAAAAUGUACCUUCCAGAAAAUUGUAAAGAGCUGUUUGUGUUUUCUGAUGGUUGUAUUGGUCAGAACCACAACAGAACCAUGAUGCAUUAUUUUUUCACUCAAGUCUAUGUGCACAGAUUUGUAAACGUUACUCAGAUGUUCCCAGUCCGAGGCCAUUCAUUUUUGCCAUGUGAUCAACAUCUUGAUGUUAUUGAAAAAAUGAAAAGAAGAGUGGAGACUAUGGAGAUGUACGAAGGAUGGGUAGAACUGAUAAAGAAAAAAAUCCUUGUGCGUUCCUUAGAAACAGAGCACAUCAUUGAUUUCCAAGGGGGCUUCAAGAAGUACUUCAAAUCCAGCAUUAUGAAAAACAACGAGCGAUUUUGCGUUACCAAGUACAAACUGUUCAAGUUUGAUAGGUGCCAUAUCAAUGAUGUUUGUGUCGAUAAAACAAUGGGUGGAAUGAUGCCAGAAUUCUUUCGCAUCUUAAAACCCAAUGUUAAGCCAAAUAUCCCUGAAUGUAAAGCUUACAGCACACAACUCCCAGUUCAACAAAAGAAAUUGAUGAUGUCAGGUCUUUGUUAAAGUAUUUACAACCGGAUGCGGUGAGCUUUAUUAACUCGCUAGUUGGAUCUGAUGAGUUGUGUAAUGAGGACGGAGACUAUGAAGACAUUACAGAAAAUGUAUGAAAGAACAUUGUUUACAUGACAGCUAUGCUAUGUGUGUAGUGGGUAUAUUUUUGAAAAAUGAUUUAUUUCUUUGCUUAUGAUAUAAAAGUAUGUACUUUUUAUUCAUUCCUGUAUUACUACAAAGGUUUCUUUCAAUAUACAUUAAUUAUUAAACAGAGUAAAUCAUGAUUUUGUAAAAAAAUAAACCCUAACAAAUUCGGUGAUUUCAAUAACAUCCCAAGUCCAUCUACUUUGGUCACCGAUUGAUGGUUUCACAGGGGACUAAGAAACUCUUUUAUUGUAUGA